AUGUAUCCGCCCAAUUUUCCUCAAUGACGUCACGAAAGGACAAAUUGAUUUACCGCGAGGUCAUUCGGCCUCUCCGUCUCCGACUCGCCGGUAGCAGCUAUAGCGGAGGCGCCAUCUUAAAGACACUGAGAGACUCCGCCGGCAGGCAGGACACUACCAUGUAUCCGACCUCUCUCACGCAGCUGGCCCGGGCCAACCCGUUCAGUGCUCCCCUGUUUACACUCCAGAAGGUGGAGGAACCCAGACAGAGUGUCCAUGGACAGAGGAGCCGCAGACUGGCUGCAGCCGCCGUUGCAGAUGAGGAUGUCAGCUGCGAGUUUGGCUCCUCAAAGUACUAUGCCCUGUGUGGCUUUGGGGGUAUCCUGAGCUGCGGCCUCACACAUACGGCAGUGGUACCCCUCGACCUUGUCAAGUGCCGUCUGCAGGUGAACCCAGAUAAAUACAAGAGCAUUGGAAAUGGCUUUUCUGUCACAGUGAGAGAAGAUGGAGUCAGAGGUCUGGCAAAGGGCUGGGCCCCCACCUUCAUCGGCUACUCCAUGCAGGGUUUAUGCAAGUUUGGCUUUUAUGAAGUGUUCAAGAUCCUCUACAGUGACCUGCUGGGCGAGGAGAAUACUUAUCUGUGGAGGACAUCAUUGUACCUGGCUGCCUCAGCCAGCGCAGAGUUCUUUGCAGACAUAGCUCUGGCUCCCAUGGAGGCUGUCAAAGUUCGUAUCCAGACCCAGCCAGGCUACGCCAACACCCUCAGAGAGUGUGUUCCCAAGAUGUAUGGAGAGGAGGGGCUCUGGGCCUUCUAUAAGGGUGUGGUCCCCCUGUGGAUGAGGCAGAUCCCUUACACCAUGAUGAAAUUUGCCUGUUUUGAGCGGACUGUGGAGUUGCUCUACAAGUAUGUGGUUCCCAAGCCCCGCAGUGAGUGCAGCAAACCCGAGCAGUUGGUGGUCACCUUUGUGGCUGGUUACAUUGCUGGUGUCUUCUGUGCCAUCGUCUCCCACCCUGCUGAUUCUGUGGUGUCUGUGCUGAACAAGGAGAAGGGCAGCACCGCCGUCCAGGUCCUCAAGAGGCUGGGACCCAAAGGUGUGUGGAAGGGUCUGGUGGCCCGUAUCAUCAUGAUCGGUACUCUGACCGCUCUGCAGUGGUUCAUCUACGACUCUGUCAAGGUCUACUUCCGCCUGCCCCGCCCCCCUCCCCCCGAGAUGCCGGAGUCUCUCAAGAAGAAGCUGGGCCUCACAGAGUAAAACUGUCCCUCCGCUCCUCCGUUGACACUGAGCCCCGCCCCCUCAUCACUUCCAAGCCCCGCCCCCCCAUCACUUCCACAGCAGUUUUCUAUAUUGAUGUCUUGGGCUCCUGUUGCUCUGGACCGAGUACGGGCUGCUAUGAGUCAUGUAUAUUUAAGACAAAAAACCAACAAAACAAGCACGGAGCUGCUGGAGCUGCUUUUGGGCUCACCAAGAGUCGGGCUAAAUAUUCCUGUGUAGAAACACCUGUCUGGGUUUAUGAUUCCUAUUUAGAAUGUGUGGAAAUUCUAAUAAAGAGUUCCCUGGAAAA